ACACCACUAAACUUACCAGAAAGAAAUUGCUUAAGACCAUUUUACAGCUAGGAUAUUGCGACAGUAAGUACCACGUCCCUGUUGUGCAAUGACUGAGUGCACAAGAGUGUUCACUCUGAAUGUACACUGUAGGCACAAGAUACAUGCACAGAGGUCCCAGUGGCUUUCAAACUAAAUGUGUUCUGAUUUGAUCUGGAAAAUCGGAUUAUGGACAUGGCUCAGACAGUGAUUCUGACUGUUACCCUGUUAAUAGGUUUGUGUUGUUUGGGACAACAGCAGUCAUUAUUGCCAUCUGAACCCACCAUAGGAGCUGUGGGGGAAAACGUGACGUUCACCACAAUCAACCGUCCCUCAUCCUCCUUCAAAGAAAUCAGCUGGAGAUUUCAAAGCAUCCCCAUCAUCGCCAGUGCAGGUGCUAAUAAUAUCACCUUUGGGUCUAACUACUCUGGCCGUGUCCAGCUAGACACCCUGACCGGCUCUCUGGAGCUGCACAAUCUAACUCUGCAAGACUCUGGGGAGUACACAAUCACCAUUAGGCUUGCAGGAGGCGCAGAGCUUAGUGGGAGAAGACUUCUAAAAGUGCUGGCUCCUGUCUCAGAUGUCUCUUUGGGGGCCAAUGCGACUGAGCUGAUCGAGUUCCACAGCUCUGUUCACAUCAGCUGCACUGCCACUGGCUCCAACGUCACCCUAAAGCUCUAUGGCGGCGGUGUCAAUGUCUCUGGCACCGGACUGACUGUGAUUGACAGUGUCACCUACGGAGUGAGGAGAGGUGACAGAGGGCCCUACGUAUGUGAGGCCUCCAACGCUGUGAGUGCGGUUAUCGUUCGCACCCUGACCCUGAAUAUUCUUUAUGGACCGGAUGAGGCAAGAGCAGCAGUGACUCCUACGAUCCCAUUCUACAGUGCAGGCUCUGACAUCACCCUGUCCUGCUCCUCUGAGUCCAACCCUGCUGCCCAGUUCCAGUGGGCACUGAAUGGAACCCUGCUAGGCAGAGAAGGACCAGAACUACGACUGGAGAACGUUCAGACCAGUGAGAGUGGAGCCUACAGCUGCUGGGCUAACAACAGCAAAACCGGGGGAAUUGUUCAGUCUAGGAGGCUGUAUAUUACCGUGUUGGAGGACACAAUUGGUCAUCAAGGCUUGAGUGGAGGUGCCAUUGCUGCUAUAGUGAUAUGUUCUCUGAUGGCUGUAGCUUUCUUCACUGCCAUCUUGUUGACCAUACAGAAGUUCCUCAAGAAGAGGACACUUAACCCCAGUGCUCUUGGCUUGUGUUCAUGCCUAAAUGAGUUACUGCUGGAUGGGCCUCUGGAUGGAGCAGUAGGAGACAGUGUGGUGUUCACCCUCACCAACCCUCCGUCUGCACCACCUGCAAGAAUCACCUGGACUUCUCCAUCCAAAAUAGAGAUCUUCACUUCACUUGGUGAUGCAGAGUUGUUACAUCCUGAAUAUACUGGUAGAAUCUCUGUGAACAAAACCACAGCUUCACUGGAGCUCAGCAACCUGACUUUCAAUGACACUGGGGAGUACACUCUGGGCACCAACACUGAUGGCAUAGGACAGCAGGGGAAAACAUCACUGGCAAUGUUUGAGAAAAUCUCCAAUGUGACAGCAGAAGCCGAUCAGAAUGAGCUGGUGGAGUUCAACAAUUCUGUCACUCUCACAUGCUCUGCCUCUGGCACCUUGCCCUCAUUUCGAUGGCUUAACAGGAGUACUAUUGUCACAGGAAGUGACAGAGUUCUGCUAGAUAAGAGGAACCUUACUAUAUUGAAUGUGACUAGAUAUGAUGAUGGACCAUUCCAGUGUGAAGUAUCAAAUAAUGUCAGUGACCGAAUGAGCACUGAUGUCAAUCUGACAAUUCACUAUGGCCCAGAUAGCUCUGUAGUUUCAGUGACACCUGAAGCCUUGAUCCACAGUGGAGGCUCUGACAUCAUCCUGUCCUGCUCCUCUGAGUCCUACCCUGCUUCCCAGUUCCAAUGGGCACUGAAUGGAACCCUGCUGGCCAGAGAAGGACCAGAACUACGACUGGAGAACGUUCAGGACAUUGAGAGUGGAGCCUACAGCUGCUGGGCAUAUAAUAGUAAAACCCAGAGGUAUAAAGCAUCAUCACCAACAAACAUCACUGUGAUAGAGAAUAUCUCCAAUGUGACAGCAAAAGCCGAUCAGAAUGAGCUGGUGGAGUUCAACAAUUCUGUCACUCUCACUUGCUCCGCCUCUGGCACCUUGCCCUCAUUUCAAUGGCUUAACAGGAGUACUAUUGUCACAGGAAGUGACAGAGUUCUGCUAGACAAGAGGAGCCUCACUAUAUUGAAAGUAACUAGAUAUGAUGAUGGACCAUUCAAGUGUGAAGUAUGGAAUAGUGUCAGCAACCAAAUGAGCUCUGAUGUUGAUCUGACAAUUCACUAUGGCCCAGAUAGUUCUGUAGUUUCAGUGACACCUGAAGCCCCAUUCUACAGUGCAGGCUCUGACAUCACCCUGUCCUGCUCCUCUGAGUCCUUCCCUGCUGCCCAGUUCCAGUGGGCACUGAAUGGAACCUUGCUGGCCAGAGAAGGACCAGAACUACGACUGGAGAACGUUCAGGACAGUGAGAGUGGAGCCUACAGCUGCUGGGCAUAUAAUAGUAAAACCCAGAGGUAUAAAGCAUCAUCACCACAAAGCAUCACUGUGAUAGAGAAAAUCUCCAAUGUGACAGCAGAAGCCAAUCAGAAUGAGCUGGCGGAGUUCAACAAUUCUGUCAUUCUCACAUGCUCCGCCUCUGGCACCUUCCCCUCAUUUCGAUGGCUUAACAGGAGUACUAUUGUCACAGGAAGUGACAGAGUGCUGCUAGACAAGAGGAGCCUCACUAUAUUGAAUGUGACUAGAUAUGAGAAGUGGCCAUUCAACUGUAAUGUAUCGAAUACUAUCAGCUGCCAAAUGAGCUCUGAUGUCAAUCUGACAAUUCACUAUGGCCCAGAUAGUUCUGUAGUUUCAGUGUCACCUGAAGCCCCAUUCUACAGUGCGGGCUCUAACAUCACCCUGUCCUGCUCCUCUGAGUCCUACCCUGCUGCCCAGUUCCAGUGGGCACUGAAUGGAACCCUGCUGGGCAGAGAAGGACCAGAACUACGACUGGAAAACGUUCAGGACCGUGAGAGUGGAGCCUACAGCUGCUGGGCAUAUAAUAGUAAAACCCAGAGGUAUAAAGCAUCAUCACCACAAAGCAUCACUGUGAUAGAGAAAAUCUCCAAUGUGACAGCAGAAGCCAAUCAGAAUGAGCUGGCGGAGUUCAACAGUUCUGUCACUCUCACAUGCUCCGCCUCUGGCACCUUCCCCUCAUUUCGAUGGUUUAACAGGAGUACUAUUGUCACAGGAAGUGACAGAGUUCUGCUAGACAAGAUGAGCCUCACUAUAUUGAAUGUGACUAGAUAUGAUGAUGGACCAUUCCAGUGUAAUGUAUCGAAUACUAUCAGCUACCAAAUGAGCUCUGAUGUCAAUCUGACAAUUCACUAUGGCCCAGAUAGUUUUGUAGUUUCAGUGUCACCUGAAGCCCCAUUCUACAGUGCGGGCUCUAACAUCACCCUGUCCUGCUCCUCUGAGUCCUACCCUGCUGCCCAGUUCCAGUGGGCACUGAAUGGAACCCUGCUGGGCAGAGAAGGACCAGAACUACGACUGGAAAACGUUCAGGACAGUGAGAGUGGAGCCUACAGCUGCUGGGCAUAUAAUAGUAAAACCCAGAGGUAUAAAGCAUCAUCACCACAAAGCAUCACUGUGAUAGAGAAAAUCUCCAAUGUGACAGCAGAAGCCAAUCAGAAUGAGCUGGCGGAGUUCAACAAUUCUGUCACUCUCACAUGCUCCGCCUCUGGCACCUUGCCCUCAUUUCGAUGGCUUAACAGGAGUACUAUUGUCACAGGAAGUGACAGUGUUCUGCUAGACAAGAUGAGCCUCACUAUAUUGAAUGUGACUAGAUAUGAUGAUGGACCAUUCCAGUGUAAUGUAUCGAAUACUAUCAGCUACCAAAUGAGCUCUGAUGUCAAUCUGACAAUUCACUAUGGCCCAGAUAGUUCUGUAGUUUCAGUGACACCUGAAGCCUCGAUCUACAGUGCAGGCUCUGACAUCACCCUGUCCUGCUCCUCUGAGUCCAACCCGACCCAGUUCCAUUGGGCACUGAAUGGAUCCCUGCUGGGCAAAAAGGGACGAGAACUACGACUGGAGAAGGUUCAGACCAGUGAGAGUGGAGCCUACAGCUGCUGGGCAUAUAAUAGUAAAACCCAGAGGUAUAAAGCAUCAUCACCAACAACCAUCACUGUGAUAGUCCCUAAUAAGGUGAAGAUGGUGAGAGUCAAGGUCCAGGCCGAGUCCGGGGUUAACAUGGAGGACCCUGCUGUGCAGGCGGCCAUCUUAGAGAAGAUUGGACAAAGACUGUGGGAGACGGGGAAGCCAGCAGGCACCAAACUGACGUGGAUAAAGCAACAACAUGAAAAGAUCUUCCAAAAAAUAAAUGAGAAAGCAGGAAGGGAGAAGAAGAGGGCAAAGAUAAAUGAGUUUUAGACACUCUUUUUUUCAUAGAGGGCAAUUCCAUGGAAAAUUAUGUUUUUUGUAACCAAGGGCGUAGGUU